AUGGGGUCUCGAGGAGAAGCCGCGCUGCUCCAGAAGCAGGGCCAGAAUCUAUAUGGCCAGGGUAACUGGGAAGCUGCUGUGAAAGCAUUUACAGAGGCACUAAAGUGUCCCGAUGUGGAUGCCCUCUCGGUGCUGGACAAUCGAGCAGCAACAUAUACCAAACUCUUGCGAUAUGACCAAGCCUUGAAAGACUCAAGACAAAUGAUCAAGCAUAAUAAGCAAGAUGAGCGGGGCUACCUACGCUGUGCCAAGGCUUUGCUCUUGGACGGAAAGCCGGAGAAAGCCCUUGAAGUGUAUGCCUACGCAUUAAAGUCCUUACCGAAGGAUAGCUUGCGCCGUCCGGUCGUGGAGUCAAUGCAUCAGAAGCUUCAGGAUAAGCUGUUAUCCAAGUGCUACGAUCCGUUCAGUGUAUUUCCAUAUGAAAUUGCAAGGAUGGUAGUAGAGCACUUUGACUUCAGGGAGCUUGUUGCCAUCCUUCGAGUCUCCAAAGGAUGGGACCGGUUCCUCUCCUCAAUGCGGGAUCUAUGGAUGCGCCUAGACUUUUCCGGAGCUCGCAGCAAGAUCCACUGGUCCUCUGUUUUAUCCUAUAUCCGACGUUCAAAAGCGAUGCUAACGCAAGCCGUCGUGACGAAUCUCACGAAAGCAUCUAUCCGUAAAGUCCUCGAGUACAUCAGCCGCUGCCCGAACCUCCAACAUCUUGAGAUCCUCUGCCCCUUCGGAUCAGAAGGUGUCUACGAACUCUUCAAGGGCUGCAAGCAGCUCAAAAGCCUCUUAAUUUCCGCAGAAACACCCAUACCCCAGUCAACCCUGACAAAUCUCCUCUCCAGCCUUCCCAACCUCGAACGCAUUGAAAUCCACAAAGCCACCAAAUCCCGCGAAGCCGAUGUCCAGUGGCCGUCAUCCCUCCCAAAACUGCAAAGCAUAACUCUCGGCACGACCGAGUCCGGUGUUACCGAGAAUUACCUCCCGGCGCUCUACAUUCCCCGAAUGAUACCCACAGAACCCCCGACUCCGACGCCUUUUGUACUCUCUAACCUCACCGAACUCCGCCUCCACUCGAACCCGCAAAUCUUCGUCCCCUAUCCGCCCUCCUUCAACCCCGCCGACUUUCCCCGCCUCCAGAGACUAGACAUAAGCGGCAUCUACGUGGGCGGCGACUUUGUCCUCCCCCCCAGUCUCCAGUUCCUGCGCAUCCACGGUGGCGCGGCCAUCGAGGCUCUUCCUUUCAUUCUCUUAGACGAUAAACCACUCCACCUCCCGAAUCUAGACACCCUGAUAUUCAGCGAUGUCCCCUGGGUUACUCAUGUGACGUUGAUGGCGUUUAUUGCGCAAGCCAAAGCUCCAAUCCGCGUGUUACAUGUGGACAGCUGUUUUCGGAUUACGGCGACGACGCUUGUUACGCUUCUUCGCGAGUAUGCGUUGCAGUUGAGGACGCUGAAUGUGGCGCAUAUUAUGGGGAUUGAUGAUACGACGAUUUAUUUCUUGAUCGAGAGGCUUACGGCGUUGAAGGUGCUUAAUCUUUCGUAUACGGAUAUUACGGGUGUGACUCUUAAGACGCUUGUUGAUGCUCAGGCAACUGAUGCCAAGGCACAUGUGGAGUGUGUUUAUAUCAAGGGUUGCGAGGGGAUCUCAUCUGAUGCUAUUGACUAUGGACGAUCAAGGGGCCUUGCCGUUAUUAUCUAG